AUGGCCCCAAUCAUCUCGAAUGAUGCUAUAUUCCAACCAGAAAUCGAUUCCUCCCUGCCUUUACUCGUACGCAGAGACGCAGUUGACACAUCUUCAUCAACACAUUCACCUAGCAUAGCACCAACACUCGCAUCCGUCCUCGCCACCGCAACAACUACCGCUGCUCAAACUGACCCUGUUGAUAUUGCCAUAGGCACAUUUAAGCCGUGGAUACUACCAAUAGUCUUGAUUGUUGUUGGUUUUGUAAUCCUAGUCUUCUUGUGUUGCUGUGUGCGAUGGAGCAAACUGGCCGAAAUUGGACUAAAGAAACCACCACCAUCCCGCACUCGUGGAAUUUCGGUCAGAGACGAAAAGAAACUAGUAUAUCGACAAUCACUACGAACAAAAUCUACGCGAACAAAAUUGUCAGAAACACCACCCUACUGUGUCAAAGUCGAAUCUCCCUGCGACCAUAGCAAAAAAUCUAAAUACACAUUGAAAGUAAAAACCGAUAUCUCACCACCCAAAGAUGACUUUGAUGCAUCGUUCGAAGAGUAUCUCGUGAGCAAAGUCGGUCGCAUCACGACACCGAGUACAACUACCACGUCUGUGUUCACAGAGCUGGUCGAGACGGCUACAGAUAGAAUGACUCUAUCGCCUACACCACUAAUAACACCAACACAGAGUGAUUACGGUAUAACCAGGCCAUCACCGACUAUGCCUCCCUCUGGCAUCAGGAGGACAGGCUCGCCAAUACCGUUGAUGCAGACGGAACGAUUGUCAGGAAAAUCGUUCGACUCGUUCAGUACAUUGAUCGCGUCUUCAAAAAUGCCGCCUGUAAUCGAAGAAAAAAAUGAAGAGAUUCGUUUUAGUUGCGAUAAUGAUACUCUUGGUGACAAUGACAAUGACAAUCUUAAAAGUGAUGUCGAUAUCGACAAAGAUAACUUCGAUAGUAAAAAUGAAUCCAUAUAA